UUUAGAUUCUAAUGAAUGUCACUAUCCAAACCCAAACAACAUUAUUUAAACAAGUCAGAUUCUCAACUUCUUCUAUCUUACUUUUUCAUAAACAUUUCAUGGCUUCCUCAUCUCACAAACUCUUCCUACUUCUUUUUACAAUCAUUUUCUCACUUACUUUACCUCUCCACACAAACUCUUCCACAACCACAACCACAACAUUAAAUCUCAAACUUUCUUCCUUAAAAUGUUUCUGCAAAACAACACCAUACCCAAAACUUUGUUUCAAUUCACUAAAACUCUCCAUAUCAAUAAACAUUAGUCCAAACAUCUUAACCUACCUCCUUCAAACACUUCAACUAGCAAUAUCUGAAACCACGAAGCUCACUAAUCUUUUCCACGAUGUAGGAAACACGAACAUCGUAGAGAAACAACGAGGAUCAAUUCAAGAUUGCAAGGAGCUUCAUCAAUCAACCUUAACUUCAUUGCAAAGAUCGUUAUCCGGAAUUCGUUCCUCGAACAAAAGAAAAUUAGCCGAUGCCAGAAUCUAUCUUAGUGCAGCCGUUACCAACAAAAACACAUGUUUAGAAGGACUUGAUUUUACUUCUGGUAACCUUAAACAAGUUCUUGUGGAUUCUGUCAUUAACACUUACAAACAUGUAAGUAAUUCACUUUCUAUGCUUUCUAAUCAUGGAACUGAGACUUCAAAUCAAAAGGGUCACAAGAAAAAACUGGUUUCUUCAAAAUGGUUGUCAAAACGCUUAGAUUUGGAUGAAUAUGAUCCAAACGAACUGCUUGUUGUGGCUACAGAUGGAACUGGGAACUUUAGCACAAUCACUGAUGCUAUAAACUUUGCUCCAAAUAAUAGCAUGAUUAGAACAGUGAUUUAUGUUAAAGAAGGGAUUUAUGAUGAAAAUGUUGAAAUACCAAGUUAUAAAACUAACAUUGUAAUGCUUGGUGAUGGAAGUGAUUCUACUGUCAUCACUGGUAACAGAAGUGUUGCUGAUGGAUGGACCACUUUCAGAUCUGCAACAUUAGCUGUAUCUGGUGAUGGUUUUCUUGCAAGAGACAUAGCAUUUGAGAACAGAGCUGGGCCAGAGAAGCAUCAAGCAGUUGCAUUAAGAGUAAAUGCAGACUUAACAGCAUUUUACAAAUGUGCAAUUUAUGGUUACCAAGACACACUUUAUGUUCACUCAUUUAGACAAUUUUACAGAGAAUGCGACAUUUACGGUACCAUAGAUUUCAUAUUUGGUAACGCGGCAGUAGUUUUACAAGAAUGUGACAUUGUAUCAAGAAUGCCAUUACCUGGUCAAUUCACAGUUAUAACCGCACAAUCGCGAGAUAACCCUGAUGAAUAUACAGGAAUCUCAAUCCAAAACUGUUCAAUUAUAGCUACUGAUGAACUUUAUUCAAACUCUAGUAAAUUCAAGAGUUACCUUGGAAGGCCAUGGAGGGUAUUUUCAAGAACUGUUUUCAUUGAAUCUUAUAUCGAUGAUUUUAUUGAUCAAAAGGGUUGGACAAAAUGGUCUAAUGAUCAAGGUUUGGAUACUUUGUUUUAUGGUGAGUACCAAAAUUAUGGACCUGGUUCGAAGAUUGAUAAUCGUGUUGAAUGGCUUGGUUACCAUUUAAUGGAUUAUAAUGAUGCAUAUAAUUUUACAGUUUCAGAGUUUAUUACCGGUGAUGAAUGGCUUGAGUCUACUUCAGUUCCUUAUGAUGACGGGAUUUGAGAUAGAAGAGAAACUGUAGUUUUGGUUUGUUACAUUUCUUACUAAGGUUAUUUGAGAUCCUAAUGUAGUUGGCUGAUUAACAAUGUAAAAGAAAAAUGUUUAUGGCCGAUUAUAUAUAUAAAGACAUGUGAAAAAAUUCUUGUUAAUCACUUGUACCAUUCAAUGUAUGUGAACUCAAUUAGUCUAGUGGUGAGGGGUUUGGGUUGUAUGCUAGAGGUCCUGGGUUCGAUCCCCAACUCAUUGUAAACAAAAAAAAAAAUAUUACGGGUGAGUACACCUAGUCUGUUUUUGUGAUUCAA